AUGAUAAUCUGGUUUACUGCGGCCGGAGUAGGGCCGUCGUUGUCGAAGAUGGCCAAAGCCAAAGCUGCCGCACCAUCUGGAGGAAAAGCGAAAGCAAAGAAAAAAUGGUCGAAGGGAAAAGUAAAGGACAAGGCCCAGCACGCCGUCAUUCCCGACAAAGCAACCUACGACCGCAUCUUCAAAGAAGUCCCUACCUUCCGAUUCAUCUCGCAAUCAAUCCUCAUUGAACGUCUCAAAAUCAAUGGUUCGCUCGCUCGUGUUGCCAUUCGUCACCUUGCACGAGAAGGAUUAAUCAAGAAGAUUGUACACCACCACUCGCAGCUCAUUUACACUCGGGCAACUGGUGGUGGCGCCGCCGUAGCCGGUGGCGAGUAGACGUGCUCUCUCCUUCCGCAUCACUCUUAUCACUAGCUAUUACGCUACAGUUUGCAUGCACAUGUAUUCCAUACGCCGAAAAUCUUCUCUACGCAUGAACUAUGUGCGGGAAAAGAAGGCAAAGACAGACUGUAGGAAGCUUGCUUUCCGUAAUGACAACGAACAGGACGGCAUGCCUUCACCGUUGUGAGAUGAAGUUUCACACCAAAUAACCUGUUGAUCAGAUAACGCUG